UCUUAUGUUUUUGUUGGUCCAUAUCUUUUUUCUCCCUCUCCCCUAAUCGACAAGAGUGCAUCCUUUAUCCUAGCUCAAAUAACCAUCAAUUCUAUUCGAGAAUUUUUUUGCUCAACAAAGAAGUGAAACCUUCCAUGAUUAAUAGGUCCUUGUGCGCCAAGUGGGGGCUGGUUGAAGGCUACAUAUUAAAACUCUGAUUUUUGUGAAUCGUAGUGUAUAGUGUAGGCUGUUUUGUACUCCUUCCGUUCCUAAUUGAUAGUCCCUUUCCAAAUAGAAAUUUGAUAGAAUUCCAAAAGUCUCUCAUGUGAAUACAAAUGGUGCUAAAUAGGUAAAAUAUAUGGGUAAUGGUGAAAAUUUUAUUAAUCUUCUCAAUUGUUAAAUAAUUAAUGUUUAAUUUUUAGUAUUGGAUUUUUGCUUCAAAAUGAGUUUCUCGAGAAUCUUUUGGAUGAUUUCUACGAAAAUCAUCUUCCAAGUCUAUUGUCCACAUUUGAAUAUCAGGAGAUGCUUGGUUUAUUUAAAUAUGUCUCGGUGGAGGAGUUUUUAGAAGCCUAUGCAAGACUUCCAAUUGGGAAAGUAGAAGAUUUUUAUUCUCUUAUGCGUCAGAAUGGCAUACAGGUUGAUACAGAGGUAACUACUUGCCUACUAAAGAGUCCACUUGCGCGGAUGAUCCCACGCUGCACACGAGAUAAGUGGAUUAAAGCGAAUUGUGAUGCUGGGUUCGAGGAAGUAGAGGGAAGGGAAGUCAUUUGUGUUGGUGCAAUUGUUUUUACAUGCCCCAAUGGUAAAGUUAAAGGGUAUCGAAGAGUGCAGUUUUAUGAUGUUCACUGCCCAAGUUUCGCAGAAUUCAGGGGGUUUGAAUUGGCGAUUGAUGAAUCAAUUCUGCGCAAAUACAACAAAGUGCUUAUAGAAAUGGAUUCUAACAAUGUGGUGAAUGCUUUGCGGGGAGGGUUGACCUUCCCAACAAAACGUUGGGAUGAUUAUAGGAAUCUUCCCCUGAAGUCGAUGAAGGAUUAUGAGAUAUGUCAUAUUCCUAGGAAAGGAAAUGAGCUAGCCGACUUGUUGGUGCGGAUUGCGAAGUUUGAAGUUAAAAAACUCCUUUUAGAUAAGAGACUGGGACCUUAAUUGCGUUUCCAUGAACUGCACAAUGGUUUCCGCAGAAGUACCCAAAAAUGAAACCUGAGAUAAAGCUCUUUCUAUGACAUCAUCAACUGCUUUCUUUGAUUCAUCAUCAUCAUAAAAGUACAUAGUUUCGAAUAUCAUCAUCAAAAGCUCCCUGUGGACAAGUUGUGGAAGGAUUUUGAGAGACUUGUAGAUCAUAAUGAACAACGGAAGCCGACGUUCAAGGUUAAUACCAAACAAAAUAAGUUGAAUUUAAUAUAUAUAUAU